CAUGCGCAGAAUAGAACUACAGCUCCCUGCGCGCUUCGCGGGUGCGCUCUGUGCAUGUGAUCCACUGGGACUACAGCUCCCGGCGUGGCUUACGGGGAGGCGGAAGCGGCGCGAUGGCGGCAGGUCGGUAACCGCUACCGCCGCCGCCAUGACGCUGAUCGAGGGCGUUGGCGACGAGGUGACCGUGCUCUUCGCGUUGUUGCUGGUCGCCGUGGUGCUGGGGCUGGCUUGGGCCUCCACCCGCGCCCCCGAGCCCGCCGCCCCGCCCCGCGCCGCCGCGCCGCUGCCCGAGGAGGGACCGAGCGCUGCCCCAACCCCCGUGGAGCACAAGGCCCCGCCGGCGGCAGCAGCGGCUGCAGCGGCUCCCGAUGGGCCGGGCGGGCUGGCGGCGGGGCUGCGGCCCCGGGCCAGCCCCACGCCUGCGCAGGGCUCCCUCAGUGAGGGAGACGGCGACCCCGCCGAGCCCAGCAUGGUGCUGCGGCUGAAGUUCCUCAACGACACGGAGCGCCUGGCCCGGGUGCACCCCGGCGACACAGUUGGGGCCCUGAAGAGGGCCUAUUUCCCCGGGCAGGAGCAGCAAGUGCGGCUGAUCUACCAGGGGCAGCUGCUGCGCGAUGACAGUCAGAGCCUGGCUUCCCUACACCUCACCCACAACAGUGUCCUGCACUGCCACAUCUCCCAGCACAGCCCGGCCCCCGCGCCCGCCGGUCCCCACGCCUCCGCCGACCCCGUGCACGCUGCCCUCAACGUGGGCAGCCUCAUGCUGCCGCUCUUCGUGCUGAUGCUGGCCGUGCUCUGGUACUUCCAGCUCCAGUACCGCCACGUCUUCACCGCCACCGCCACCACCUUCUUAGCCGGCCUCACCCUCCUCUUCAGCUUCAUGGCCUUCACCAUGUACCGCAGAUAGCACAGCUCUGUGCCCCGAAAGAGCUGCCGUGCUCCAGAGUACGCAUGGUGCCAGGAGGGAGCUGCCUGCACUCCUGAACUGGGGGGCUGGACCUGGACUGUGUGGACCCAGCGCUCCCUCCAGGGGGCCGAGCCAGGCAGGAGGCAUCUGGGACAGCACAGCAACCAGGGACAAGGGCAUUGCAGGGCCUGGAGGCGGGCUGCCUCUGGGGAGGGGGAUCCCAGCCUGGCUCCCAUCCCACACCUGUGCCCCGUGGCUCGGAUCUCUCAUGAGCGAUGCUCCCGCCUGGGCUGGUCGAGCCCUGCGUACGGGUAUCCGCUCCCCCGGGGGUCCCGGUGUCACGAUUAAAGAGGAAGGACUG